AUGGAUCAUGUUUUUCCAGUGAACAACUUUGAUUCUAACAGUAAUUUCACUAUUCCCUCGUUCAAUGAUAUUAACUGGGAGGACCCAGCGCUCUACACUAUGCCGCUUACCAAAGAAGAGGACACACCCACCAACUUGCUGCUCCUUCCAGCAUUCAUCGCCUAUUCCUCACUCCCUGACUCUCCCACUCGCACACCAUCACCCCACCCAUCCAAAACCUCCACCCCUUAUCAAACCUCACCAAGUGCCAACUGUGCCAGGCCACUUCAUGAGGGGAAUUCAUCCACCUUGGCAGCAUGCAAUCCCACACGACCUGUUAUUCGUCCUCGGAUGCCACCACCUCGGCUGACAGGCACACAAAAAGCAUCGCAGAAGAUCAAGAGGGACCAGAAGAGGGAGGCAACAAAAUGCUUACAUGAUGGUAUCUCCGAGUUCCUCAACAAGCAGAGGGCAAAGGAGCUGAACACCGACAAACCUGCAGGGUCACGUUACACAUUGGCUGAGCUCCAUGAGAUGGUCACACAUGACUCUCAAAUGAAAGAAUUGACAGAAGAAGAAAAGGCAGCUUACAUAGAGGCAGCCCUCAAUGAACAUCACGCCAAGAAGGCACUUGGUUUUCAUGCAAAUAAUUCUGUGGCUGCACAAGAUGUGCUAGCCACAACAGAAAGAAUCGUGAAAGAGCUGGACGACCUACAUGUUCGGACCAGCAUCUAUGCAACAUUAUUUGUCGUCUGUGGUCACAUCAACGACACAAUUCAAAGCACCAUGCAUGGCACUGACAAUACAGAAGACUUUUGGGAAGAUGUUUACGAGCAUCUGAUAGCAGAUUUUCUGCGUCAAUAUGAACAAUGGGCGUGCACACAGAAUCAGAUUGCAGUGACCAGUAAAAAGGAUAUCGUCAUGAACUACCAUAACUACAAAACCACAAUUGUCGAAACAUAUGGAGUGCGCCUUGUAGGAUGGCCCCACAGGGUCAACUUCAUUAGUCCUUCGAACAUUGGAACAGUUGGUGACAUUCAGAAGCUUCGAGAUGCACUCAGGAGUCAUAUCUGCUACUGGACAGUCCUCACACCAGCUGAAGUUAAAUCCCAUGCAGCUGAACUUGAUGUGCACCGUUUAGCUGGUGAAACUGUUUGCAAGCCAUGCAAGAAGCGUUCAGACUCUGGAGUCCCUCAAAAGUGCAAGGCUCCAGCUGCAGGACAGGCUGGUCAGGAAAAUCAGCGAGUGUCGAAGAAGGCGAAAAGAACUGGUCCACAGCUUCGCCAAGCUCCCAAGAGCUCUGAAGUUGUUGAGUCAUCAGACAGACUUGAAGAUGCUGAGUAG